AUGGAAUCUCAAUCUAAAGGCACAGAGUCAGCUGAUGACGCCUCUCAACACUCUCCUACAGAAGAUUUAGAGUUUCAUAAUGAUGCCUCUCAAUACUUACAAUACUCUCAAGCUGAAGACACAGAGUCUGAGUCUGAAAAUGACACCUCUCAACACUCUCAAAUGGAAGACGAUCAAGACACAGCAUCUGAAAACGAAGUCUCAAAAUAUUUUGCCUCUGCUGCAAUCGCUGAAGACACCUCACACACAGAACCUCUGUUAGAACGGAAAAACGAGACAACUGAUGAGGACCCAUCUCUUCUCCCAAAAUCCAAAUGGUGA